AGCAGCUGCUGUCAACACCAGAAUGUCUUACAGUGUGACUCUGACUGGGCCUGGACCCUGGGGCUUCCGUCUUCAGGGAGGCAAGGACUUCAACAUGCCCCUCACUAUCUCCCGGAUCACUCCCGGCAGCAAGGCAGCCCAGUCCCAGCUCAGCCAAGGCGACCUUGUGGUGGCCAUUGAUGGCGUCAACACGGACACCAUGACCCACCUGGAGGCCCAGAACAAGAUCAAAUCUGCCAGUUACAACCUGAGCCUCACCCUGCAGAAGUCCAAGCGUCCUGUUGCCAUCUCCACAGCGGCACCUCCUAUUCAGUCCCCGCUGCCAGUGAUCCCUCACCAGAAGGACCCUGCUCUGGACACGAACGGCAGCCUGGCGACUCCCAGCCCCAGCCCUGAGGCAAGGGCCAGCCCAGGCACCCUGGAUUUUGGGGACACCUUUAGCUCCUCCUUCUCCCAGACAUCUGUCUGCACCCCACACAUGGAGGCCCCGGAAUCUGUCCUUCCUCAGGGCAGCCCAGUGGCCAAGGCCAGCCCAGAGGGUGUACAGGGCUCAGUCAGCCCUAAAGUUCUGCCAGGCCCCAGCCAACCGAGGCAAUAUAACAACCCCAUUGGCCUGUACUCAGCAGAGACACUGAGGGAGAUGGCUCAAAUGUAUCAGAUGGGCCUCCGAGGGAAGGCCUCAGGUGCUGCACUCCUUGGAGGCGCCGACUACCAGGAACGCUUCAACCCCAACGUCCUGAAGGACUCGGCCCUGUCCACCCACAAGCCCAUUGAGGUGAAGGGUUUGGGCGGCAAGGCUACCAUCAUCCACGCGCAGUACAACACCCCAAUCAGCAUGUACUCGCAGGAUGCCAUCAUGGACGCCAUCGCUGGGCAGGCCCAGGCCCAGGGCAGUGACUUCAGUGGGAGCCUCCCCGUGAAAGACUUGGCCGUGGAUAGCGCCUCUCCUGUGUACCAGGCUGUGAUCAAAAACCAAAGCAAGCCGGAGGAUGAGGCUGAUGAGUGGGCCCGCCGGUCCUCCAACCUGCAGUCUCGCUCCUUCCGCAUCCUGGCCCAGAUGACAGGGACAGAAUACAUGCAAGACCCUGACGAGGAAGCACUGCGAAGAUCAAGGCCACAGGCCUCUGCGUACAACUCUGCAACCGCCACUUCUCCAGCACCCUCUGCCCACACCAGCUACAGCGAGGGUCCAGCUGCCCCUGCACCCAAGCCCCGGGUUGUAACCACCGCCAGCAUUAGGCCUUCUGUCUACCAGCCAGUGCCUGCAUCUACCUACAGCCCGUCCCCAGGAGCCAAUUAUAGUUCCGCUCCCUAUACCCCCUCACCUGCUCCUGCUUAUACCCCCUCACCUGCACCCACCUAUACCCCCUCACCUGCUCCCACCUAUACCCCCUCACCUGCUCCCACCUAUUCCCCUUCCCCUGCACCAGCUUAUACCCCUUCCCCUGCCCCAAACUAUAGCCCUGCCCCCUCAGCAGCCUACAGCGGGGGCCCUGCAGAGUCUGCCAGCCGCCCACCCUGGGUGACUGAUGACAGCUUCUCUCAGAAGUUUGCUCCUGGAAAGAGCACCACUUCUGUCAGCAAGCAGACCCUGCCCCGGGGGGCUCCAGGCUACAACCCAACAGGUCCACAGGUGACCCCUCUUGCCAGGGGCCUGUUCCAGAGAGCUGAACGCUUCCCAGCUAGCAGCCGGACUCCCCUCUGUGGGCACUGCAACAAUGUCAUCAGGGGCCCUUUUCUGGUAGCCAUGGGCCGCUCUUGGCACCCGGAAGAGUUCAAUUGUGCCUACUGCAAGAACUCCCUAGCAGAUGUGUGCUUUGUGGAGGAGCAGAACAAUGUUUACUGUGAACGGUGCUACGAGCAGUUUUUUGCCCCGCUCUGUGCCAAGUGCAACACCAAGAUCAUGGGGGAAGUGAUGCGCGCUCUGAGGCAGACAUGGCACACUACCUGCUUUGUCUGCGCAGCCUGCAAGAAACCUUUUGGAAAUAGCCUCUUCCACAUGGAGGAUGGAGAGCCAUACUGUGAGAAAGACUACAUCAAUCUGUUCAGCACCAAGUGUCAUGGAUGUGACUUUCCUGUGGAAGCUGGCGACAAGUUUAUCGAAGCCCUGGGGCACACCUGGCAUGACACCUGCUUCAUCUGUGCGGUCUGCCAUGUGAAUCUGGAGGGGCAGCCAUUUUACUCCAAGAAAGACAAACCACUGUGCAAGAAGCAUGCGCAUGCAGUCAACGUGUAGGGGCCCAGAGUGGCUGCUGCGGGCCAGGCCCUGGCUGCUCCUGCUGCCGACAAUGAAGGAGUCAAAGAUCUUUCUUCUGGGGGGAAAGGGUGACGAGAGGAAUGAUUGAGCCUUUUGAAGUCUAAUUUUAGUCUUUUCUUGUACACACAGAUUGUGUAUUUGCGUAGUUCAGACAAGAAGCCAAAAGAAGAUUCUAAAACCAGGUAGUAAUUAAUCCACAGCUGGAACGGCACUUCAGCCUUUUGGGAAAGGAUUCCAAGGAAUCAAAACUGAAAAACAAAAAAAAAAGCAAUGUUCAAAAAUGAUACACCUCCCCAGCCAUCGCUGUUAUCAGUGCAGGGACAGAGCUCAGGGCAGUUACGGAGAAUCCAAAACACGCUGCGGAGUUCUGCAGGGCUCCUUGGCAAACACAAGAUGUGCCAAACAGUAUUUGCUGUGGGGUUAUUUUUAGAGCCAGCACUGAGCGCUCCUUAGCUGAGACCCACUGGGCCUUCCUCACCAAAAAAGGAAGAGUCUUUGCUUCAGCACCACAGAGCUUCCUCUGCGCAUCAGACUUCAGAUGUAGAACAAACUGAAACAUGUAAGGGAAGUCCAGAAACCUGAAGCGAUGUCGGGCCACCAGGGGGAUAAUUAAGAGGUUCUGGAAAGGUCUUUGGCCCAUGCCAAAGACAACCGAGAAAAGAUGAACUCUCUUUGUAUCAUCCUGCUUCAGUCUGAAACAUCUAACGUCCCUGGGAAGCUUUGCUCCUUCUGAAUUGUCAUGGGGAAGUACACGUGGGUUUUCCAGUUUUGCUUUACAGUGUGUCAGAAAAGGUUUGCAAAGGACUCUGGGUAGGGUUUAGUCUCGGUUUGGCUUGAAGAGGGUCCUAAGCAUGAAUGUCCCGUGCAUGUAUUUCAUCUCCACCCAUGACUGCUCAUGUUGUGGGUGGGGGUAAAAUACAUCUUCCACAGCCCUACUCUCAAACAGGCUCAGCGGAAAGACAAGAGAGACGGCGCCAAACACAGGGUGGCAGAGCAUGCACUCAUGCCCAGCUGUGUGCGGGAAGAGUAGCUUGCUUUCUGCCAACCUCAGCUUGGGCUGCAGGAUGCCCACCUUCAGGGCUGCACCGUGCUCUUCACUCGUUCCUUUAAAUGUAGUACACCAAUUGCAUAAUCGCGCUGACUGCUGCAAGGAGGGGAAAAGAUACACUUGCCUUUUGGGCCAGCAUUUUGGAAAUAGUAUUGAACUAGACCUGGCCUUCAGAGUCCUUUACAGAUACGUAGAGCUAGGUAGAAAUAGAGAAAGUGGCUCCUUUCUGGGUUGGAGACGGUACAAUCACUUUUCUUUCUAGGAAGUGCUGUUAGGAAGGAGGUUCACUGGAAAAGACUUGGAUGCAGGCUGUGUGUAUGUGCGUUUCUCAAUGGAGCACAGUGUUCCGGCACUCGACAGGCUCACUGCCCCUCUCUCUUUACUCCUGUUUGGGAUUUUUCUCUUUGCACGUUUGAAAUGCUUUAUGAGAAUGCAUUCAAACUCUUCUUUCUUUUGAGGACUAAGGCUUUCAGGAGACUGUCAUCCUACUGAAGGGUGUCACUCAGUCAGACAGAGCCUAAGGUAGCCCAUGGUUUUUCUAUGUCAGGAAUCACCAGUCCCCUCGGGCAGCAUGGAGGACAGUUAGAAUUGUGCUCCUACCAAGCAGCCCUUCUUUUCUUUUGACUCAAAGCUUCAGGCUGAGUAAAUUCUGCUGGGACAGCCUGGAGAUUUGUUCAGAGAUACAGAACAGUACCUUGUGCACAAUCUGAUAUGUUUGGAAAGGACAAGGAGCUUGCUGACCAAACAGAAAGGUUCUAAAGCAGCUGAUUUUUUUAAAAAGGUAUCUUAGGGUUUUUUUUUUUU